AUGAAGCCCGUCGGCGCCUACAAGCAGCGCUCCCACAGCACAUUGCUCUCUGCCACCCUCCUCACCCUCUUCAUCCUCGUCUUCCUCCUCGUCUUCAAUCUCCGACUGAACUCCACCCUCGGCGGCAGGGCCCGUGGGGAUGCCGGACCCCGCGGGGACCACCGUAGGAUCGUCCUGGUGGAGAGCAUCCCAGAGGGAAUGACGUUCGGUGAUGGUUCCGUGCCAAAUCCGUCCACCUUCUCCACGUGGAUGAACCUCCUGGGGACUGUCACCCGCAGCCUGGACAUCGCCUCCUUCUACUGGACCCUGACCAACGAGGACACACGGACGCACGAACCCUCGCCAACUCAGGGUGAACAAAUCCUGGACGAACUCCUCCGAUUACCCCAGCGCGGUGUCACCGUCCGAAUCGCUGUCAGUCACCCGUCAGCAAAAUCACCCCUGAACGAUCUCCUAGCACUGGAGCAGAGUGGUGCUGCGGUGCGCACCGUUGACAUGCCGCGGCUCACCGGCGGUUUGGCUAUCAUGGACUGGAGGUCUUUGCCCCAGGUGAAGGAGCUUGGCGCUGCUGUCUACAACUGCAGCUGUUUGGCCAAAGAUUUAGGCAAAAUUUUUGAAGCUUAUUGGGCUCUCGGCGUUCCCGGUGCUUCCAUCCCGGUACCGUGGCCGGCAAAUUAUUCCACCGCCUUCAACAUGGAGACGCCAUUGGAGUUGAAGCUUAACGGCACUGACGCUGCCGUCUACUUCUCGAGCUCGCCACCGGCUCUCUGUGCAGCUGGUCGGACCCCGGAUCUCAGCGCCCUCCUCAACAUCAUCGACGCCGCCGAGGACUUUGUGGACAUUGCGGUGAUGAGUUACCUCCCCACCACCGAAUUCUCCCACCCCCAAAGAUUUUGGCCAGCAAUUGAUAACCGGCUGCGGAAGGCUGUCUUUGAACGCUGGGUCAAGGUCCGGUUGUUGGUGGGUUGUUGGCCGCACAGCAAAGCUGUCAUGUUCCCCUUCCUCAAAUCCCUCGCCGCCGUCGCUGACAACCGGACCCGCUACAGCGUGGAGGUGCGGCUUUUCAUGGUGCCAGCAAGCGCGGCGCAAGCCCAGAUCCCCUACGCUCGCGUGAACCACAACAAGUACAUGGUGACGGAGAAGGCGGCUUAUAUCGGGACAUCCAACUGGUCUGGUGACUACUUCACACGGACGGCAGGAUCGGCGCUGGUGGUGAACCAGACAGUGAGCCGAACCGGUGCCGGCACCAUCAGGGAGCAGCUGCAGGUAGUUUUUGAGCGGGACUGGAGCUCCCAGUACAGUGCUGACAUCGAUGACACUGAGCGCUGGGAGAGCCUCUGCGGCUCUCGUUAG